UUAAUUACAACGAUAGAGGAGCUAGUUGUUAUCCAAGUUCCUUAGUGCCAUACAAACAAAAGCAAUAUUGAAACAGCAGCAACAUCAACAGCAACAACAGUAACCACAACAACAGCAACAACAACCACAACAACCACAACAACAUCAACAACAACAACAACAACAAGUGCCUUCAUUCAUAACGUGAUAGUGAUAUUAUUAAAGUUUAUAUACUCGUAACAAACAAAGCUUGCCACCACCAACAACAACAACAACAACAAACAACAUACAACCUGCAACACUUCGAAUGCCUUCGCCAUUUGCCAGCUGCAACAACAACAACAAAAGCAACAGCCACAACGACAGCAACAACUCAAGUUCAAAGUUCAAAGUCUUCCACAAAUUUGUUCAAUAAUUAGUUUCGCCUAGAUAUACACACACACGCACACACACAUAUAUAUAUAUAUACACCCCGAUAUAUAUAUAUAUGAUGUCCACAUCCACGGCGACAACGAGCGUCAUUACGUCCAACAACGAUCUAUCGCUGUCCGCCCACGCACACGCCCAUCAGCAACACGGCCACGCCCACGGCCAUACGCACACACACUCGCUGCAUCCACACACGCACACACACACACAUCGCCUGGGCGUCGUUGGGGGCGUGGGCGUGGGCGUCGGCGUUAUCGGCGGCGUCGGUGUAGUGGGUGGCCAUCUGAGCGACGCCUCCCUCUCGCCCAUCCAGCAGGGCGCCAACAUUGUAGCCAGCAGCAACAGUUCGCCCCUGGGCCAGAACGGUGUGCCGCUGCUAACCACAAUGCAUCGAUCGCCGGACAGUCCGCAGCCGGAGCUGGCGACCAUGACGAACGUGAAUGUCCUCGAUCUGCACACAGAUUCGGCCAAGCUGUACGACAAGGAGGCCGUGUUCAUCUAUGAGACGCCCAAGGUGGUGAUGCCGCCGGACGGCGGUCCGGGCGGUGGCAAUGGUGGCGGCUCGAAUGGUGGCCAUGACGAUGGCCAGGUGAUAGAUGCACGCAUCGCGGCACAAAUGAGCUCACAGCAUCAGCAGCAGCAGCAGCAGCAGCAGCAACAACAACAACAACAGCAACAGCAGCAGACGGAGCAUCAGCCGCUGGCCAAGAUCGAGUUCGAUGAGAAUCAAAUCAUACGCGUUGUCGGUCCGAAUGGCGAGCAGCAGCAGAUCAUCUCGCGGGAGAUCAUCAAUGGCGAGCAUCACAUCCUCUCCAGAAACGAGGCGGGCGAGCACAUACUGACGCGCAUCGUUAGCGAUCCCUCCAAGCUGAUGCCCAACGACAAUGCGGUGGCCACCGCCAUGUACAACCAGGCCCAGAAGCUGAACAACGAGCAUCAGGCUGUCUAUCAGACCUCACCCCUGCCCCUGGAUGCCUCGGUGCUGCACUAUGGCAACGACAAUGUGAUCAAAACGGAGGCAGAGAUCUACGAGGAUCACAAGAAGCAUGCCGCCGGCGGUGGCUCCAUCAUCUACACCACAUCCGAUCCGAAUGGCGUCAAUGUGAAUGUGAAGCAGCUGCCACAUUUGUCGGGCGUGCCACAGAAACUGGAUCCGGAGCUGUAUCAGCCGGACAAGCACAUCGAUUUGAUCUACAACGACGGCAGCAAGACUGUCAUCUACUCCACCAGCGAUCAGAAGGGCCUCGAGAUCUACUCGGGCGGUGAUAUUGGCAGCCUCGUCUCCGACGGCCAGGUGGUGGUGCAGGCGGGUCUGCCCUAUGCCACAACCACCAGCGGCACCGGACAACCCGUCUACAUAGUCGCCGAUGUCGAGGAACAUUUACAAGGCGCCGGCAAACUGAAUGGCCAGACCACACCUAUCGAUGUCUCUGGCCUAUCGCAAAAUGAAAUUCAAGGCUUUCUGCUUGGUUCACACCCCUCAUCGUCGUCCGCCACAACCGGCGUUGUCUCCACAACAACAAUCUCGCAUCAACAACAGCAACAGCAGCAACAGCAACAGCAACAGCAACAGCAACAACAACAGCAGCAGCAACAACAGCAGCAGCAUCAACAGCAGCAGCAGCAGCCGCCUCAUCCCAGCGACAUUGUGACCAUAACGACGGCAGGAGUGGGGAGCGCGGGCUCGAUCGUCUCCGCUGCUGUGCAGCAGCAGCAGCAGCAGCAACAGCAGCAGCUGCUGAGCAUCAAACGUGAGCCCGAAGACUUGAGCAAGGAUCCAGCCAAGAAUGGCAGCCUGGGCGCCUCAGCGAACGGUUCAGUCAUAACGCAGAAGAUAUUGCGCGUGGAUGCAGCUAGAAGUGAAGCAAGUGGGGCAACUGCAACUGCAACUGCAACUGCAUUCGAUAUAGCCAAUAAAACGGCAACAGCUACAUCAGCCACAGCAACAGCAACAACUGCAACAACUGCAACAUCAGCAACUGCAACUAGUCCCGCCAGAGCGACAGCAGAUCUAGAGAUGUAUGCUACCACGGGCGGCACACAGAUUUAUCUACAGACCUCACAUCAGAACAGCAAUGGAACCAGCACACAGCAGAGCACAUUGCAAGCCCAGAGUCCCAGUCCGGGGCCAUAUAUCACAACGGAUAGCUAUGGCAUGUACACGACGACACGAUUGCCACCUGGACCGCCACCUGCCACCACAUUCAUAACGGAGCCCUACUAUCGUGAAUACUUUGCGCCCGACGGCCAGGGCGGCUACGUGCCAGCGGGCACGGCGCGCAGCCUCUACGGCGAAGAUGUUUCCGUAUCGGCGGCCGCCCAGCCGCAGCCGGUGGGCGGUGUCUAUGAGGCGCGCUUCAGCAGCAAUGCGCCCACCACCACCACAGUGCUAACCAGCAGCAAUGCACACCAUCACAGUCAACAGCAGCAACAGCAACAGCAGCAGCAGCAACAGCAGCAGCAGCAACAACAGCAGCAGCAACAGGAACAGUCGGGCAAGAACGGUGGGACGCCGCUCUAUGCCAAGGCUAUAACGGCGGCGGGUCUCACCGUGGACUUGCCCAGUCCCGAUUCGGGCAUUGGCACGGAUGCCAUAACGCCGCGGGAUCAAAAUCACAUACAGCAGUCCUUCGACUACACGGAACUGUGUCAACCGGGCACCCUCAUCGAUGCCAAUGGCAGCAUACCCGUUUCAGUGAAUAGCAUACAACAGCGCACCGUGGUCCAUGGCAGCCAGAAUAGUCCAACCACAUCGCUGGUGGAUACGAGCACAAAUGGAUCGACACGUUCGAGGCCCUGGCACGAUUUCGGACGCCAAAAUGAUGCUGAUAAAAUACAAAUACCAAAAAUCUUCACAAAUGUGGGCUUUCGCUACCAUCUGGAGAGCCCGAUCAGCUCGUCGCAGCGUCGCGAGGACGAUCGCAUCACCUACAUCAACAAGGGUCAGUUCUAUGGCAUUACGCUGGAGUAUGUGCACGAUGCGGAUAAGCCAAUCAAGAAUACAACAGUUAAGGUAAUACUCUUACUCUAUGACUAUCUCUCUAUACAUAUAUUUAUCUUUUCUAUAUAUAUAUGUAUAUGUUUAUAUAUAUAUAUAUAUUUGCUUUUUCUCUCUGCAGAUACAAAGAACUCGGUUGGUCUCGUUGGCUGCAUUGAGGAAGUGUCGCACAAUGCCAUUGCCGUCUACUGGAAUCCGCUCGAGAGCUCUGCCAAGAUCAACAUUGCGGUUCAGUGCCUCAGCACGGACUUUAGCAGUCAGAAAGGUGUUAAGGGCCUGCCGCUGCACGUACAAAUCGAUACGUUCGAGGAUCCACGCGAUGCGACGGUCUUUCAUCGCGGCUACUGUCAGAUAAAGGUCUUCUGCGAUAAGGGCGCCGAACGUAAGACGCGCGAUGAGGAACGGCGCGCGGCCAAGCGCAAAAUGACAGCAACUGGACGCAAGAAGCUGGACGAGCUCUACCAUCCGGUCACAGAUCGCUCCGAGUUCUAUGGCAUGCAGGAUCUGGCCAAGCCGCCUGUGCUCUUCUCGCCCGCCGAGGACAUGGAAAAGAGCUUCUAUGGCCAUGAGACUGACUCGCCGGAAUUGAAGGGUGCUUCGCCUUUUCUGUUGCACGGCCAAAAGGUGGCCACGCCCACGCUCAAAUUCCACAAUCAUUUUCCGCCCGACAUGCAGACUGAUAAAAAGGAUCACAUAUUGGAUCAGAGUAUGUUAACCAGCACGCCGAUGUCCGACUUUGGGCCACCCAUGAAACGGGGCCGCAUGACGCCGCCCACCUCGGAGCGCGUCAUGCUGUACGUGCGGCAGGAGAACGAGGAGGUCUACACGCCGUUGCAUGUGGUGCCGCCCACGACGAUUGGCCUGCUCAAUGCGAUUGAAAACAAAUACAAAAUCUCAACAACGAGCAUAAAUAACAUAUAUCGCACAAAUAAGAAAGGGAUUACGGCGAAAAUUGAUGAUGAUAUGAUAUCCUUCUACUGCAACGAGGACAUCUUCUUGCUGGAAGUGCAACAGAUCGAGGAUGAUCUGUACGAUGUGACGCUCACAGAGCUGCCCAAUCAGUAGUAAAAGAACUCAAAACCCAGAGAGAGAGCGAGAGAGGGA